GACUCCGUGGUGCGUGGAAGAAACGCAGAAACGUCCCCAAAGAAAAUCACCCGACAGCACAAAUGACACCUGAAGGGACGCUAAGACACUGCGACACAAAGUCUAUCACACACACAUGAGACUGUGAUCUGUGUGGGUUUCAUUUCAAGUAAAGAAAGCUGCAGUAUUAACUCAAACCCAUGGGCCUGACACAGUCCUGUCCCGAGGUGUUCCCGGGGGACAUCGUGGAGUAUCCCAGGAACAAAUACUUCUCUCACUUCGCUGUGUACUACGGAGAGAAGGACGGCGUUCCCUACGUCGCUCACCUGACCUGUCGAGAUUCCGACUCCAAGAUGCUUCUGUUUGGCCGGGCUCUGAGGUCAGAGAUCAAACUGGAUCCACUUGAGCUGCUGGGGAAGAAAUACAAGGUCAACAACAUGAUGGACGGCUGUUUCUCCGUCAGGGAUUUCCACAGCGUGGUGAAGCCGGCCAUCGACGACCUGAUGGGGCGCGAGGUGACCUUCGACAUCCUGUUUCAUAACAGCGAGCACCAGGCCACGCUCCUCAGGUACGGAGUCAAGAAGUCCCAGCAGAUAGAGAGGAUUUAUGAGCACAUCAUGCCGUCCUGGAAGAAGCUGUUCGAGCAGAAGAAACUGUGAAGCGUUUUCUGUUCACUUCCCAUCUCCAACACCAGGGGGCGACACUAUGCUCACACAUAGGAGGGGGGGGGGAUUUCAAGCAUUGAGUUAACGUAUAUUUUCAGAAUAAAUGAAGUUAUUAUGCAAGUCGUAUAUUUUAAAAUCUUUAUUAAAAGACAUAUCCAUCUCUCUGUUUUUUAGAAUUUUAUUGUAUAUGUAUUUCUUUCAUUUCUGCUGUUUUUCAUUGUCUUUUCUUUGUAUAACAAUAAGUGCAUUUCCCUCAUUGACUAUUCUUCCAGCCCAAUUAAACACAUUUUAUUAAUAAUAAAUGAUAUUCAUUCA